AUGUUUUUUCAACGGAGCCGCAACCGAGGUAGCAGAUUGUCUGUUCCUUGGCUCUUCCGCGUACAGAGUAUUCCGAAGCUACUGAUCAUCCUUUUGGCGCUCGCCACCUUCUUGGUGAACUUCAACUAUUUGAACUCAGUGACUCGGAGGUACAAGGACUGUACCGUGCCUUGGAUCACCUGGGCGGGAGGCGCCGGAGGGCUAUCAGCGCUAUCCGUCGCACCCCCGGGCAGUGAUCAAAUUGCCGGUGGCGGUGAUGGCAGUAGCAAUGGCAGCACUGACAGAGGCAGGCGGCUGCGCAUUGCACUGGUAUCGAUGGCUACGGGUCGAGCUUCAUCCCGGACAGCACCACCAUCCUCUACCUCGGCCUCUGCACCACCACCACCACAACAACAACGACAGCGAGGGGGAGGGGGAGGUGAAGUGGUGAUCAACGCCAGGUUGGCGCAGUUUGCUGGCUUGCUGGAUGUGACCGGUCCCAACAAGCAGCUGUUUGCGGAUCUUCACGGUUACACGUACGUGGACGCGAGCGACCUCCUUGACAGUUCUCGACCAGCGUCCUGGAGCAAAAUCCCAGCCGUGCUUUCCGUACUGGAUCAGUACGACUGGGUGUUUUGGCUGGACGCCGACACGUUGAUUACAAACCUCAGCACUCCGGUGGAGUCCUUGCUGCCCGCCAUCGCCACCCCACCCCCCAGCGGUACGGAGGGCGUGGUGGCGGCGGCGGCGGCGGCGGGUUCAUCCGGGUCGACAUCCGUAUAUCCUGGCUUUGGCCCCGACCUGUUGCUGACGGAGGACUCCACGGGCGUGAACGCGGGUGUGUGGCUGAUUCGCGGGUCGGGUUGUUCCUGGUGCCGUACAUUCCUGGAGCGCUGGUGGGGUAUGGAGGAGUUCAUUCGAAGGAACCCCGGAGACACGAAGAGCGGAGAUAACGACGCGCUCAAAUAUCUUCUUGCGAACAUGGACAAGUCGGAGCUGUCAGCCCACGUGGGUCUGGCUCCCCAGUGCGCCUUCAACAGCUACCUGUGGAGGGGCAGUGUACGGAACAUUGUACGGUACAUCUUGAACCCCGGGAGGGUGCUUGUGGGUUUGUGGCAGCCCGGGGACUUCCUCAUGCAUGCCGCGGGAGUUCACGACAAGGCUGCCGUACUGCAGCGCUUCAUGCAACGGCAGCAGCUGGUUGGAGUCACCCGUUCUGUUACAGGAGUCCUCUCCGAACGACCGCGUGCCGUACAGGGGGAAGAAGGAAAGGGAAGUACGGCAUCAUCGGGGCCGCUUACCUCCCAGGGUGGUGGGGCGGGAGGUCGGGGGCCAUCUGGUUCGGCAGUAGAAGUGGUGACGGGGGUGUCUGAGCAGGGGGAGGGGGAGGGCGGUCUGGGGGGCUUUCCUCCCGCGGGGCCCGAGGGGAGGGGCGGUGGGGGAUCGGGGGUCCUCCAGAGCUCAUCAUCGUCGCUGUGGGGGGCGAGGGAGCUGCUCCGCUUCGCUCCGUCCGGAACCCCCGCGAGCAUUAACCCCCACGACCAACAGACACGACUAGCUGCAGGAGUGCCCGAUGAGACCAUUGAUUGCGUUCCGUUGCGGCCCCACCCCCCCCGGGAGGUCGUUCGUCGUGAAAAGUGA